GCCUCCCACCCGCGGGAUCCCGGCGUCCGCCGGCUCCUGCGUCGUCCGUCCGCCGGGUAGUCUGUCGCGCGUGGAAAGCCCGGCGUGGUGGCCGAGGGGUCUGGGAGGGAAAGGGCGCGGAGGCGGGACCGCGGCUCCCUCCCACUCCGGGGGGAGCCCGGGAGGCGGCAGUGCUGGAUAGCGAGCGGGAGAAGGAGCCACAGCAGAAGAGAGGCGGUCGCAAGCACGAGUGGGGUGGGGCGUGCCCACGGGCCCCCGCCCCCCUCGUCCCCCUGGUCCCCGGGGCCCCAACCCAGGAGUACUGACUGGGUGUCCGUGCCGCACACCUCCCCCGUGCGUUCUGCGGCCACCCGGGCCUCUCAGGACAAGGUGGAGAGGGAGCAAGGGGGAACAAGGACGCCCCCUUCAGCAGGAGCUGCGGUGGGGUGGGGAGACCUGAACCCGCAGCAAGGCGAGCACCCCCAAACCCCCUCCACUGAAGCCCGGCGCAGGGUCUGGGACGCAGCUGGGAGCACAGAGCGCUGCAGGAGCAGCAGGCUGGGGACACGGGCCUCCUGGGUGACAGGCCCUGCCUGGCUGGGAAGAAGGACUAGAGACCAGCAGAGAAGAGGCUGAACCUAGAACAGGGGCAGCUGCUUCACUGGCUUAUCUGAGCCUGCUGAGGGGGCCAAGAAAUUUACACCUCUGUUUCCUCCAUCAUAAAAAAGACACCUGCUUCCCAGAGCACCACCCUUUUUCUCGGAGACAGCUUUCUGGGGAAGGGGUCCUUGGAGCUUGGAACCCCACCCCACAUCCCUUUAACUGAGGCCUUUAGGCCUCAGAGAGGCCUCGGAGUUAGAAAAGAGGCCAGACAGUCCUCUCCUGGGGAGAGAGGAAGUUGUUGCCUGCUCCUGGGCCCAGGAGGAGCUGGGCCCUCAGUAGCAAAGGACCUGGCCCCCGAGGCAGUGGCGGCCAUGUCACGGCCAGGCCAGGGUGGGAUGGUGCCCAUGAACGGUCUGGGCUUCCCACCACAGAACGUGGCCCGGGUGGUGGUGUGGGAGUGGCUGAAUGAGCACAGCCGCUGGCGGCCCUACACAGCCACUGUGUGCCACCACAUUGAGAAUGUGCUCAAGGAGGACGCCCGAGGUUCCGUAGUCCUGGGACAGGUGGAUGCACAGCUGGUGCCCUACAUCAUCGACCUGCAGUCCAUGCACCAGUUUCGUCAGGACACAGGCACCAUGCGACCGGUGCGACGCAACUUCUACGACCCGUCGUCGGCACCGGGCAAGGGCAUCGUGUGGGAAUGGGAGAACGACGGCGGUGCAUGGACGGCCUACGACAUGGACAUCUGCAUCACCAUCCAGAACGCCUACGAGAAGCAGCACCCGUGGCUCGAUCUCUCGUCGCUCGGCUUCUGCUACCUCAUCUAUUUCAACAGUAUGUCGCAGAUGAACCGCCAGACGCGCCGGCGUCGCCGCCUGCGCCGCCGCUUGGACCUGGCCUACCCGCUCACCGUCGGCUCCAUUCCCAAGUCUCAGUCGUGGCCUGUGGGCGCCAGCUCUGGCCAGCCCUGCUCGUGCCAGCAGUGCCUGCUGGUCAACAGCACGCGUGCCGCCUCCAAUGCCAUCUUGGCCUCGCAGCGCCGCAAGGCGCCCCCUGCGCCGCCGCCGCCGCCGCCUCCACCUGGAGGGCCGCCGGGCGCGCUCGCCGUGCGCCCCAGCGCCACCUUCGCUGGCGCCGCUCUCUGGGCCGCGCCGGCUGCCGGCCCUACGGAGCCCGCACCGACCCCCGCGGCGCCCCCGCGGAGCCCGAGCGCCCCCAGCGGCGCGCCCACCCCGGGGCAGAACAACCUCAACCGGCCGGGACCCCAGCGCGCCACCAGCGUGAGCGGGCGCGCCUCCAUCCCUCCGGGGGUCCCCGCGCUCCCGGUGAAGAACCUGAAUGGUACUGGGCCGGUCCACCCGGCCCUGGCAGGCAUGACAGGGAUCCUACUGUGCGCGGCUGGGCUGCCCGUGUGCCUGACGCGGGCCCCCAAACCCAUCCUGCACCCGCCGCCCGUGAGCAAGAGCGACGUCAAGCCCGUGCCCGGCGUGCCCGGUGUGUGCCGCAAGACUAAGAAGAAGCACCUCAAAAAGAGUAAGAACCCAGAGGAUGUGGUUAGAAGAUACAUGCAGAAGGUGAAAAACCCACCUGAUGAGGACUGCACCAUUUGCAUGGAGCGGCUGGUCACAGCAUCCGGCUAUGAGGGCGUGCUUCGGCACAAAGGUGUGAGGCCUGAACUUGUCGGCCGCCUGGGCCGCUGUGGCCACAUGUACCACCUGCUGUGCCUCGUGGCCAUGUACUCCAAUGGCAACAAGGAUGGCAGCCUGCAGUGCCCCACCUGCAAGGCCAUCUAUGGGGAGAAGACAGGGACGCAGCCACCUGGGAAGAUGGAGUUUCACCUCAUCCCCCACUCUCUGCCCGGCUUCGCCGACACCCAGACCAUCCGCAUUGUCUAUGAUAUCCCCACAGGCAUCCAGGGCCCUGAGCACCCCAACCCAGGGAAGAAGUUCACUGCAAGAGGUUUCCCGCGUCACUGCUAUCUGCCCAACAAUGAGAAGGGCAGGAAGGUGCUGCGGCUGCUCAUAACAGCCUGGGAGAGAAGACUCAUCUUCACCAUUGGCACCUCCAACACCACAGGCGAGUCGGACACCGUGGUAUGGAAUGAAAUCCACCACAAGACCGAGUUUGGAUCCAACCUCACGGGCCAUGGCUACCCAGAUGCUAGCUACCUAGACAACGUGCUGGCAGAGCUCACAGCCCAGGGUGUAUCUGAGGCUGCUGCCAAGGCCUGAGCCCCGAGGCUACCCACCUUCCCUCCUGCUUUGCCCCUGGUCCGGCAUACACCUUCUGCCAGGCAUGUCCUGGUGGCCCAAGUUCAGGGCUGGGAAGGAGCCUGAGGAAGGAGCCAGCCAGAGAUGUUCAGGGGAUUUGUCUGGUGGUAGUUGGGAUGAUGGAAGAUGUCAUGUCAGUAAGCCAGCUCCAACCCGCAGCUCCCUAAGAGGGCCACAGAGAGAGUACUGGAAACCACAGCGACCUCCCUACCAAAAAGACAGAGACCCACCCCUGCACACACAAACACAUGUGUCCUGUUGAACUCAUGCACACACACCCACGUGCCUCUACUUGUCCCCAAGCUCGGGGAGAAGAAACAGAAAGACCCCCAUGAUACCCCAUGUGGACCCGCACCUGUGUCUCUCUCAUCUGUACAGGCUUGUCUGCAAACAGGAGGACUCAGGUCUAGCCUUUAGGGUCCUACCAGGGCUCCUGGUGGGGAAGAGGGACAUGGGCAGCUCAGUCUACCCCCAUGCCUCACCCACCACAUGCCAUCAUCCAUCUCUGCCACCCAGUGAUUGGGCAAAUUGUAGGCCUAUGGGGUAGAAGCCUCCAGAUUACUGAGUGGUUCUACAAAAGAAUGGCCAGGGCACACGGGGGCUAGAAGGGUCUUAUUUUGUGCUGUGUCUCUUCAUCCUCCUGGAACCCGUCUGACCUCCUUCUCUUCUCUCCCACCUGCAGGCCUUAUGUCUGUCCCAGAUAAAGGCACUGCUCCCUUUCCUCCUUGCCCCAUCCUUGCCACCAAAUCGCUCCCAACUUUGAAAUCCAAAGGCUGGAGAUUCUGGCUUCAGGAAUGAGAGGAGGAGGCCUAGUUCUAGGCCAGUAUGUUCAAAAGGCAAAGGGGACAACAAAGAGUCAAUUUCCCUUUCCUUGGGAGUGGGCAGUGGGGUGGCUAAUAGUCUCCGGCCAACCAGGGGCCUGUUGCCCAGGCAACUCACCAGCUCCGCCUCUGUUGAUUGGCUGCCAUGGUGGAAGUCAGCCAAGAUUUAAAGGGAUGCCAGCGAUUGCUCUUUUGAAAACCUACCAGUCCCACUGUGGGUGGAGAAAUAAAUGGUCUUUCUCCUC